UGACAAUAAUUGAUACCAAAGGUCUGUCAAUAUUGUACGCCCAUUUCUGCAUCGCUGUUAGUAAAGGUCCCAAAUGCUGCAAAAGUGGAACUGCAAAAAACGUGGAGACUGUGUACGUUAUAGCUUGACUUAAACGGUGUCCAAACAGAAAAAGAUGCAGAAUGCAGAGUGACUAUAAAGGCCAUACAACACUUGAGGAGAAAUCAAGACAGGGAAAAAAAAAUGGCAGUGCAGAAUAACGAGAGCAAAAUCCUUGUAUUUGGAGGGACUGGAUACAUUGGGAGUUACAUAGUGAAAGCAAGCAUCAACUUGGGACAUCCCACUUAUGUUUUCUCAAGGCCUAAUUCCCACAAAACUGAAAUGCUCAAUCAGCUUCAGUCCAUGGGUGCUAUCAUAGUCAAAGGAACGAUGGACGAGCACGACAGGCUUGUUUCACUGCUUAGGGAGGUUGAUGUGGUGAUCUCUGCAUUGGCUUAUCCUCAAGUUCUUGAUCAGCUCAAAAUCGUUGAGGCUAUCAAGGUUGCUGGUAAUAUUAAGAGAUUUCUGCCAUCGGACUUUGGUGUUGAAGAGGAUAGGGUGAGUGUGUUGCCUCCUUUCGAAGCAUUCCUUGAGAAGAAGAGGAAAAUCAGACGUGCCGUAGAAGCAGCAAACAUCCCUUACACUUUUGUUUCUGCAAACUGCUACGGGGCUUACUUUGUGAACUUCUUGCUCCGCCCUUAUGAGCAAACAGAAGCGAUCAUCACUGUGUAUGGCAGUGGCGAAACCAAAGCUGUGCUGGUUUCUGAAGAAGACAUUGGGGUUUUCACUAUCAAAGCGGCAACUGAUCCGAGAGCAUGCAACCGCGUGGUUAUAUACCGGCCAGCAGCCAACUUGAUAUCACAGCUGGAAUUGAUUUCUUUGUGGGAGAAGAAAACAGGGAGAAGUCUGAACAAAGUUCAUGUCCCAGAGGAAGAAAUGGUGAGCCUUUCAGAAAGUCUGCCACAUCCUGAGAAUAUACCAAUCUCCAUCCUUCACAGUGUGUUUGUAAAGGGUGUAACAGCCAACUUUGAGGUUGGGGAAGAUGAUGUUGAGGCUUCAGCACUAUAUCCAGACCUCAAAGUGACGACCAUUGAUGAGCUACUCAACAUUUUUCAGUGCAAUCCGCCGAAGCCUGUUAAUGCAGCAUUUGCAUAAAAUGCCAUAUUGUGUGGGGUCAAUGGGGAUGGAUGGAUGGUGAUGACUGAAUGAUGAGGUUGUUAAUUAUGUUUGUUUGUAAUUGGGUAUUAAUGUGGAUGUCAAAUUCUGCCAUUACUUA